AUGGGGACGAGGGAGGUGUACGAGGAGAAGCUCCGGUCGGGUAACUUCCUCCACGAUCCAACAAUAAACCCUGGCUUAGGAUCAGCACGCUGCCCCCGCUGCCUCUCCCUCAUAAACCCCAACUCUGUAAUUACGAUCCUCUGUUUCCCUGCUCUCGUUCUCUCUGUUUUUUGUACCUGUACGUAUUUCUCUUUAUUUUUAUGUUGAGGAUGAAGAGAUCCUGUCAAUUUCUUUUUAUUGCAUCUUAAUUGUGUAUAUUGAUGCGAACUGGGGAUGUGGAGCGGGGGGGUUGAGAUUACAGGGCCGGGGUAAGAUCUCAAUUCUCAGUUUUUGACUGCUUCCCUUGUUCUCAUUAACAAAUUUACAUGGAAAUCUUCGUUGCAUUACAUGUCCGGGAUUCAGGUUUCGUCCCGAACAGAAUGGCCCUUCUUUCACGAAGUGGAAGCAUUUGAACUUGUAUCGGAUAUAAAUCGAGUAGGCACUCGGCGUUACGGGUUUCUAUCCUGUGAAGAUGUCAUUUCAGUCCCAAAAUACAGUAUCAUAGAUUUACCUCAGGUGAUGUACGAGCUAAUAUGAUAACAGGGUUAUUGGUGAUAAGUAUCAAAUGAUCUUCGGGCAACCAUUCUGUUGAUUCUUUGACACUAUCAGACGUCCAAAAAUGACCUAAGAGGAAAUCCCACCAUAUAUUUCUUCACUUCUCUGUCCUGUUUGGUUUGAAAUAUGGUUAGAAACGGACGCUUAGACCAUUUUUUUUGAUGAUGUAGAUCUAAUAGCCUUCAAAUUAUGAACCCUAAGGUGUAGUUCAUUCAUCAGUCUUAUUGAUCCUACCAAAUUAGUUUUUAUGAUGGGAGGAUUCAUCUGAUGUUUUUCUUCUCCUGUUUAAUGCGGAUGUUCUUAGCAUAGUUUCAUGGUGGUUGUUAUAAAAAAUGAAUGUGAUGUUACAAAGACAGGCCUUUCCACUCAUUGAAAAUUGGUGUGAAUGUGAAUGUGCCCAAUAACCUUUAUAUUGACAACAGUUUUCCAUGCGAAUAAGCGUAAAUACUCGGUACAGGUGGGUACAUUUGUUAAGUGCACUUCUAUAUUGGUUAUCAGAGAAAUAAAUCUCUUUCUCUAAGGAUGGGCCCGCUUCACUCAUUGCCAAUAGGUUUUAAGUUUGAUUGCUGGCAGGAAGUUUAGACUUUAUUCAUCAAACUCCGUCUGUCAAAGUAAAGUGCCAGAUCAGGAUCCCAUUUCCUCUUAAACAUUAUUGGAAAAUGUAACCUUGAUAUCUAGAUCUAAAUUUACCUGGUAAGGAAAACUGUAUGACGCUUUAUUAUUACCUGAUCAUAGCUUUAUGGUUCCGUGCUCUGCCUCCUUUCUUCUUCAAGACUAUUUUCUGCGUAUGAAAGCUAAGUAUUUGUCCAUUACUUAGUCCAACUGGAUAUUUUCCGGAUCUUUAAUUUUCAAAAAUUGCUUCCUACCAGGGAAAUGCUGAAUGGACUAUAACGUCUGUUUUGCAUGAUGCAACUGCUGUGGUACGUGUCCUUUUCACCUCAUCCUGCUUUCCCCUUAUUAUACAGUUUCUGUUGGAAUAGAUCUUACCUUAAUAUUUUUAAAGGAAAUGAUUUUAUAACAGUAAGGGUAUAGACAGUUGAUUUCUAAUGCCGUCAUGUAGGCUGGUUCUGGAGCUGGUGCAAUGCUUAGUGCAGUUCAUGGGUUCAAUACAGGUAAAAUAUGAUGUUGAUCCCGUUCUAUCAUUGAAUUUCAUUUCUUGGGUGAUUUGUUCCACUUCCUAGGCAAAAAUCUUAACCCGUACUCACCCUGUGUCAACCAGGAGUUGUUUCGCACAUAUUUUCUGGUUUCUUUUUCAUCCCUAGAUGGGAGCAAACCCAGGACUCUUGCUGUCAGAAUUCGUGCUGUUUUUUUCUAUAUUUUUAUGCCGAAUGUUUCAUAAAUUUUAACACUUCCUGUGUAGGAAUUCCAUUUGUGCAGAGGCAUGUGCAGGGUCCAAAGUGGCUACAGUUCUUGGUCGGGGUAAAAAUUACUUUUCUUUCCAGUGCAGACUACUUUUCAGAUUGUUGUUUUUCUUCCAAUUCUGAUUCAUUUUAACCAUGGAAAAUUCAAAUGAAAAGCGUUUUUUUAUGUUUAAAAUGUCAUGAAUGCAUUUGUUUCCGCAUCUGUCUUUUUUAUAUUUUUCAAUCUCUUCAGAUUAUAGAUUUUUAUUUAAUUUAAGAACUUCCUGGUGGGAUUAGCAGUGCCCUAUCUAACUUCUGGGUUUUGGUUAUUGAAAGACCCAAACUGUGUCCUGGUUUGGGCUGAAUCUCAUUUGGCAGGAGAUUCUGGGUGGACUGGCCAGAAAUUGACCAACUGUGUCCUGCAUUGACCCAUAUACCUUGGUAAACAGCAUAUGAAAAGGGUUGGAUAAGCCAAUUGACGUCAUAUGAUCAGAUCUUGGCACCAUUUAUUCAAGUGCAUAUGAUGGUGCUUUUUUGCCAUAAAAAAGAAUUAUUUUCUUCGGCUAUUUUCGAUGUGUAGUUUGACACCAUUGUAGCUGUUUACGCAUGAUGCAAUUGACAAAACAAGAACAUGGAUGAUUUACCCUAUCUCUCAGUCAUCCGUUUCUCGUUUUACCUUUAGCUCCAAAUAGAAAAUAAAACUAAACCAUUAGAAAAUAUUCCCAUAUUUGGUCUAUUUUGUUUUUACUUUUAUAUUUAUCCAGAAAGCUCUAGGCACAUGUCCACGGGGAAACUCCUGCUUUUUAUCAAGCUUGGUGGCCCCUCAGAGAUGUUCAGAGGAUUUUAACAUAUAUUUCAUUUUGGUCAUUUGUGUAUUUUUUUAAUUAAUGUCUGGUAGUCAUCUUAUUGGAAGUGGAUGUGAGGCAAUAUGACUUCUUAACGUCUGUUCAUCAUCCUUUAUUUUGAAAAGUUAGAAAAGAACAUGCGGAAUGAACUGUAUGUUGCUCAAUGCUUUAGUUCAGACAAUCAUGGAAUGACUUUCUUUUUAGUACCUGAUGGGGAUACCUCAAUUGGACCUUAGUCAAAGCUAGUCUUAAAAGAUCUCAAAGACAUUAAGGAAUAAUCCUGAAAUCUUCUAUCGUGAACAUUCAUUAUUGUCUAUUUUAUCGUUCAUCUUCUUCAGGAAAAAUGGUUUUGUUAUUUCCCCCUUCUUGCUGCUUUUUUUUCAUUCGAUAAUUUGGUCCAUCAAUUGUCUGUUUUGCAGAUUCCUCCGCUGCUUAUGUUUUCUGGUGCCAGUGCUGCACUUGGAAGUAAGACUCUCAACACAUCAUCAUUUCGUUCCCAUUUUCAUCUCCAGCAAAGCUCAUAUAUGUCUUGAAGAACAUUUUUCUGAGAGAAAGAGGGAGAGAGAGAGAGAGAGAGAGAGAGAGAGAGAGAGAGAGAGGGAGAGAGAGAGAGAGAGGGAGGGAGAGAGAGAGGCAUAGACUUGUCACCUGCUCUUCAUGAGCCAUAGACAAGCUACAUUUUCAGCGAAGCAUGAAUUAUGUUGUACGUUUAGCAUGGGAUAUUACUUUUUUCAUUGAAACGAAACAUAUAUUCGUCUUGUCCUAUAAAACGAAGACCUCAAAAAGUGUUGCCCAUCUCUUAUGACCUCUCUUCAAUGAGAGAUCAUAAGAGCAUAGACCUGUCGCCUGCACUUUAUGAGCCCUAGACAAGCCCCAUUUUCAUCAAAGCAUAUUAAUUAUGUUGUACACUUAGCAUGGAACAUUAUUUUUUUCAUUGAAAACAAAUCAUAGGUACGUCUUGUACUAUGAAAAGGAGAUCUUAAAAAGCAAUGCCCAUCUCAAACGACCUCUUUUCAACUCAGAUGACUUUCUUAACUUACAUUGGCGUCUGACCGGAGAUCAUAUUUAUCAUCCCCUAUGGAAAUGGGCAUCGAAUAUUAAAUCCUCAUUGAACCAGGUUUUCACCUCUCACAUGUUUUGUCAUAAAAUUAAUUAAUAUACUACUUAUAAGGGUUCCCCUUUGUCACCUAGCAGUAUUUGAGACUAAGCUUUCUAACUCAGGAGCUUCACAGAGGAAGGAAAACUUGAAAGGGUCUAGUCAGUUUCUUCUUCUCCCGUCCUUCUGGCCUUGUUUGUUUCACCUUACUGCAGUAUAUUGAAUUUUGGACCCUUUUCCAAAUUACCCUCCUGUAAAAACUGCGUUAUAACAUGAACCAUGAGUACAAUUCCAGACAAUCCAUACAUCUUAAACCGCGUUAGGACAGCUCUUUAGAUAAAUAAGUGUUCAUCUAGUCCGGAUUUGAAUGUUUUUUCUUUUUAUUCAUGGUUCUUUUUUUAUUCCCUUAAAAGCCUCAGGGAACAGUUGAUUUGAAUCUCAAUUUAAAUAUAUAGAUAAAGGGGUGACACAUACUGAGACUUGAUUAGCUCAGGUUGCCAAAGUUUUUUUUUUCAUAUAAAUUAUACUGGCUACAUGUUAUUAAAUCAAAGUUUCUCUAAUGACUGAAUUAUAUGAGGAGGCUACUUUGUUUUAGAUCUCCUGGACCAGUUGCUCUAAUCUCCAAUUGCUUUCUCUUAACCCAGGUUAUGCAGUCCCAAAGUUUGCCCAGCUCUCAGUGACAUCCUACUACACGGCCUCCAGUCUUUCACACUAUGCAAUUUCACAGAUCACCAGAUACGUCGAGGACACCUACACUUGUCAAAAUCUCCAUGACGAGGCUGGAUGA